UCCAGCCCUACUGCCCAAAUCCCUAACCCAAAAUCUCAAUCAGGGCAUCACUUUUUCAUCUCUCUUCUUCUCCCUCCCAGUUGGGGCUCCUGUCCGUCAUCUCCGGCGUCUCUCGUCUCGCUUAUCUCCGGCAUCCAUCGUCCGUCGUCGCUGACCCAAAUCAAGAAGGUGCUGAAGCCGCUGUUUCGUUUUCCUCGCUGUCUUCACGCUGUCAUAUCCGGCGUCACAGCAUCUCCGUCUUCUUUGUUGCUGCCGCCGGCGCCACAGCGUUCCCGCUCCGGCGUUUCUGCUGCGGCCAUUGAUUAGCAAUUAUUGACUGCUCCAAGAUAUUCAGAUCUCAGAGAUCAUCCUCGCAGGUGAUACGGAUUCUUGACAUAAAUAUUUUCUCACCAUGUGGUUCUACCAUAAGAAUAUGAAAACCUGUCAGGCAGUAGGAAUCUCCUGUCAACUUAUUAGAAUGAGGGAAGUUGGCAAUUACUUGGGUUUAGUGGACACUCUGCUCUUGUUGAAGUGCUCCACCACCCUCUUUUAUUCCACUUUAGGUUUUGAUAACGCGUUAUUUUCAUUUCUUUCUCUGUGUACAACAAUUUUGACUAGAUGCACCAUGACAUUGUUCUGCAUUUUGGAUCAUUGUGUGGCUGUGUUUUUAAGAUCAUUUCUGUUUUCAAAUCCCUUAUCUGGUCCAUUUGUUUAAGUUAGAUGCAGUCUCUUUUGCUGAGCUAAAUUUGCAUUGGAAUAAUGACUACUUUUAAAUUUUGUUAGUACCUUGGAUCUUCAGUAUAAAUUUUUUGGGGCUUCUGACAAAUGAUUCUGUAAUAGAAAAAAAACAAAUUUGACAACCUUUUAUCCCAUUAGGUGGGAAUAAAAAACAAGAAAAGAAAAGAAAAUUAUAAAUAUAAAUGCAACUCAGGUCUGACACAUCAAGUGGUCCAUUAAACUGUCAUAUGAUGCUUGGGACAUUGCGCAAGGGCUUUGAGUCUAUCUGCAAUGGACAGUGAAAUGAUUUCAGCCACAUCCCUUCUGAUGGCAGUCCCUGUUUUAAACUUUUAAAGAACUUAAUUGGUAACAAAAAUAAAAGGUUUAAUCUGUAUUGUCAUGUUCAGAUGUAGUGCAAACCUUGAGUGAGACAAUCUUUAUUGUUACUUCAGUUUGCUGAUAAUUUCCUCUCCAUAAGUUACUAUCAGGGAUGAAACACAUUGUGAAGAUAAUGACAUUGCUGGUAGCCAUAUCUGCCUUUUGGAUUGGCCUACUCCAAACAUCAAUAGUUCCACACAGCUAUACUUGGUUGCUACCUUUGUACUUUAUUGUGUCAUUGGGAUGCUAUGGCCUAUUGAUGGUAGGAGUUGGUCUGAUGCAAUUUCCAACUUGCCCCCAAGAGGCAGUGCUUCUGCAGCAGGACAUUGUGGAGGCAAAGGAAUUCCUACAGCAAAGAGGGGUUGAUAUUAGUUCCGAUUGAUCUGAAAUGCCUUGAAAGAAAGCUCAACUUUGGUAGAGAAGAGUUUUGGAUGCUUCAGACCAGGAUUUGUGCAUUGGAGUUACCCAAAAGAGUAUUUCACAAUGUUCUCCCUUAAUAUCCCAGCUAUGUGAUGAGAAAUAAGGAUUUUAGAUUUCAAUGUAAAGAUAUUUAGAGUUUGUUUAGGUUUGAGUGUCAUGUUUUGAUUAGAUUUUAGAUUGUUAAAUGUAAGUUAGGUUUUAUCUUCUAUUACAGUUGGGAUAGAAGGAUUGGAUUUUGCUCACUGUGCCGCCUCUGUAUUGAUGGAGCUUGAAUUCAGUAAAAAAUGCUAAAUCUUUUAUACCUAAA